UGUUAAUCUAGGGAUCGUGCACAAACGAACGUAACAUGAACGCGCGCCAGAUAGCGUGGGUGCUUGACCGGAAGCUUUCAGAUAAACAAAUCGACUUAAUCAGUGACGGUCAGCAUCCAGUGUUCAGUGGUGAAUGAGGUGGCCAUUAAUUCUGGGUAAUCACCUACCACUACACUAGAAUAUAACCAUGAGACUCAUGACAUAAUAUCCUGCCAACAAUUCUCGCUGUUGGUGGAAAAGUCAGAAUGAUUCACACUAACUGUUGAUAGUAAUAUUGGAUUUUGAAUGAAGAUUGAAAUUUUGAAAGCACCUUUUUUCCACCCCGCGUAUAUUAACUAGCCACAGCUUUCGAAAGGGUUUACCGCGUUAGUUGGAGAGCUUAGAGACGCAGGUUUGAGGGUAAUUAUUUAGUUAAAGACAAAGUCAUUUACUGCUUUCAAGAGUUACAGGCAAUUCAUUUUCUGUCAAGUAAUAAUUCAUGGCAUCAGAAAGCAAAGAUGACAGAGGAUAUGUACCCAAAGAUAAGUAUCGAUUGGUGUAUAUUGUCCUGUUUAUGUGUGGUUUGGGUGGGCUCCUCCCUUGGAACUUCUUUAUAAAUGCUCAAAGGUAUUUUGACUACAAAAUGAGGAACAAAUCCCUUCCUAACACUGCAGACUACUCAAACCCUAAUAUUAUGACGCCCUCUCAAGUGUUAUUUGGAAGUUUUAUCGCAGUUUGUUCAUUGGUACCGUUUGCACUAAUGUCGGUCGCUAACUUGUUUUUGAUGAAAUGGUUUAAAUCAAAUCUUCGGUUCAUUGUUGGGAGUGUAGUAGUAUUUCUUGUAUUUCUCGCUACCGUAAUUAUUGUCCCUAUAGACGUUAGUGCCGACGCAUUUUUGGGACUAACAUUGUUUUCGGUUGUGUUGCUUAAUUGUGGUAGUGCUCUUGUACAAAGUAGUGUAUUCAGUACUGCUGCAGUUCUUCCUUCCGAAAGCAUGAAAGCUGUAUUAGAAGGGCAGGCUGUUUCAGGAGUUCUUGCAUCUGUGGCUAGUAUCAUAUCUAUUGCAGCGGCGUCUACACCUACCGCUAGUGGAAUGGCUUACUUCUUAAUCGCCUUAAUCUUUAUUGCCGUUUCAACUGUGUUAUUUUUGAUGCUUCCUAAAAAUAGCUACUUCAGAUAUUAUUGGAAAGGAAGGGCUUCAGCUAACCCUAAUGAAGGUGAACCGUCAAUACAAAGACAACAUAGUGAAUCUUUAGAACCAAUUGUCGACAGGCAACCAAUCGGUGUUUUAGCAUCAAUGAGAGAAACAAUUCUGCCUGGAUUCUGUGUUUUACUUACACUGCUAGUCACUUUAUCAAUCUUUCCAGCAGUUGCUUCAAGGAUUAGACCAAUGAAUGUUAUUCCUGGAGACAAAUGGACAAAUAUUUACUUUGUACCAGUACUGAUAUUUUUGUCGUAUAAUAUUUGUGAUUGGUGUGGAAGAACUCUAGGCGGUUUCGUCAAAUGGCCUAGGAGAAAUCAAAUGCGAUUAGUUUUGGCAUUGUGUAUUUUACGUUUCAUUCUUAUUCCAUUCUGUAUGUUUUGUAAUGCUCAACCGAGAUACCACUUACCAGUUCUAUUCAAACAUGAUGUAUUUCCAGCACUGAUGGUGAUUAUUUUAGGCCUAACUAACGGUUACCUUAUGACUAUUGCAAUGAUGCAUGGACCAACUUUUGCAUCUCCUGGAAAUCAUGAAUCUGCUGGUGCAGCGCUGUGCAUAUAUCUUGCUCUUGGAUUGUCCUCCGGUGUGGCUUUAUCAGUUGGAUUUGUUAAAGCUGUAUAAUUCUCUCUAUUUUAUGUAUUUUAUUAUAGAGUAUAUGCUUAUACACACAUAAACACACACACACACACAUCCGAAGAUAUUGUAAUACAACAGCUUUUUUGUUUGUCUGUUUGUUUGUUCAUAAAAAUAAUUUCUGAAAAAAUUUUCUUUUUUUGUGUGUGUGUGUAUUAUCCCUGGAACAAACACGGGCUUGAUAAACGCCCAUUGCAGUACUAGUUGAAACUGCAUGUUCAGAUUAUUUUCAAAAUAAGACGGUGUAUUUUGUUUUAUUCUCUCUCUAUGUGUGUAUAACCUUCUUUCCAGCAAUCAUUAAACUGUAAUAAAAGUGUUGUAAUAUUGUCAACCACUGAACAAUUUUUUUUUCGUUUGUAUGUGCAGUAAGUAAAGCAAGUUUAAGAAUCCUUAGACGACAUAAAUAAAUACAAAUUGUAUAAUUA